AUUAACAUAACUCAUUGUCAUUAAAAUCGCAAGGUAGGCUAAUGAAAUGAGGUCAUUUUACCAUUAUUGCUGAUUUAAGUAGAGUAGAAGCCAUACUCUUGAAAAGGAAGUAAGAAGUUUAAUUUAUAUAAGGUAAAUAUAAAGUUACAAAUGUUCUUCGGGAAAAGUAACUUCAAAUAUUAACGACGUAUUUUGAACUGACAUUACGAAAUGCAUAAAAAAAGUCACGUAAUUAGUGGAAAAGUUAAAAAAUAGCCUCUAAUUCUUAUACUUCUUUAAAAAGUGCAUUUAAAAACACUUUUGUGUUAGCACAGAAAAUAAAACUCAUCAAUUUUUUUCAAACUAUAUAAUUGCUCAUAAAGAAAUAUGGCGGACUCAAAGAAAAAGCCAACAGUUAUUGAACAGGAAUUUAUUCAACACCGAAUUCGAGAUUUCCUCCAUAAACCUGAUGAUAGCAAGGAAAGAACGAACAAGAAAGUUACUCAUGGCGAGAAACCCACUAAUUUGAAUAAACCAGAUGAUGUUUCAGUGAAUAAUGAAGAACAAGGUGCAAAAAACGGUAACACUAUGAAUGAAUUGAUAGCUAAGAAAGAAGAUACUGCCAAUGAAGACAACUCACAUAAUCUUCAAGGGUAUUAUUUCUAUAACAAUAUAACUAAAAUAUGCAUAUUUAAUAAGAGUAAUAGUCAAGAGCUAGAUUCUUCGCUCGCCAAACAAGACUUUAACCCAUCACAAAAAAAGACAAAUAGAGUAUAUGAAAAACGUCCUAAAACCAAAAAGCCAACUUACGGUAAAGAAAAAACUUGCAGAUUUUACAACAAGUCGUACGUACGACAUGAUUCAAAAAUAAAGGCGAAUAAUCCUGAACGUCACGGGACAUCGUAUGUAUCUGUAGGUUUUCCGGAUUAUACUGAACAAAAUUCAUUCGGAUCGAACUACGAGUUUUUUAAUACGAGAAAAUAUUACAAAAGUUCAGAUAGUUUGGAACCGCAAGAAUCUAACAUUAAAUAUCGACACUUCCCAAAAACAAACGAUAAAAGGAAGAGUAAUUUUAAAAAAAAAUACUCUUUCAAGGAUGGCAUUGACACUAACUGUCAGAAAUCUCGUCAAAAUCGAUUUGGAAAAUUUGAAACAAUAGAGGAUAAUAAUAGAGAUGAAGGUUCGAAUGAAAUUGAGAAACCUAUUAUUUUACAUGAAGAAAACUCUAGCUGGUCCAAUUAUUUUAUAGACACAGGUGAAGACUGGAAUGCGGAAUGUGACCAUGGGGUUCGAGAAAACUCCGAUUGUCAUUUACUAAAUAUUUCGGAGCAGCCAUUCGAAUCUGACAAAAACGAAAAUGUUUCAAUCAGACACCUGUGCAGUUCAAAUGACGAAGAAGAAAAGUCGUUGUCGACGCAAAGUAUAGAUGCUGACAUUAGCGAUGAAAACCCUGAGUUGGAGAAUACGGAUGAUUGUGAGAAGCUAGGUGACAAUUUUGAGAUUACCAGUCCUGUGAAGCUUGAAACGGAAAGCGAGGUAACAGUUUCAGAGAAACCUGAAGUUUUGAAGAAUGAAGAAACUGAAAAGUCUGCUAUGGCCACUUUUCCAAGCAACUGUCAGAAUAGCGAAAACAAAGAGGGAACCAAGGAUGAGCUUCCUACAGAGAAUUUAAAAAUUCCCUUGAUUGACAAUGAAAAAGUGGCACCUCUAGAAAUUUCUGCUCAGCAAGAAGAACGCAAAAAUUCUUCCGUUGAAGAAACUUUGCUUGAAGAAAGUGAAAAUAAAAGUGAGUCUGUCAGCAAUGAAAAUGAAAUUAAAGAGGAGUUACAAGAUUUAACUGCUGCUAACAAUAACAUUGACGAGAAUACUGAAGCACAAUAUGUACCAUAUGUACCAGAUGGUAAAGAGAAUGAUCUAGCGACACCAGAGAACGAUUCGAGGGAUGAUGUAACUGAGUUUGUGGAUUCUGAGAGCGAGAAAUUCGAUGAUAAAAGUUAUGAGAUAUCAGACAACACCAGUCGUUAUCCCGUACGGUAUAUUCCAAAGUUUAUUGAAGGAUCUAUUCAAAGAUACAAUUCGUAUUUGUGGCCAAGAAAAGAGGGAAAACAUUUUUCUUCAAACUGGUCUUUGACUAUAUCUGCCAGUGAUUCGGAGUGCUCUGUUCCUCUUAAUUACAGUCAUAUUGAAGUAAAGAAAAAACCUGCUUUCAAGAGAGGCUUUUCUAGUAGUAUCAGCAACAGAUAUCGUCAAAAGUUCGAAGACUUGAAAACUCCUUAUUUCGAUUCUCACUGCCACAUUGAUUAUAUCCUUAAUAAUUUAAAAUUUAAGCAUAGUUCCUUUCAAAGUGUUAUGAUGCAGUAUGAAGAUCUCUUUCCUCUAGGGUAUAAAGGUUGUGUGACAAAUUUUUGUGAUCCCAUCCAGUUUAAGUGUACAGAAAACAGUUUAUGGAAUGAAGUGUUAAAGAUUGAAAACGUAUAUGGAACUGUCGGCUGUCAUCCUAAAAAAGUAAAAUUUCUAACUGAAGCUCAUGAAACGGCUAUGGAAGAGAUGCUAAAGCAUCCAAAAUGUGUAGCUCUAGGAGAAAUUGGAUUGGAUUUCUCAAAAGACUUUUUCAGAGAAAAGGAAAAGCAAGUGUUUGUUCUUAAGAGACAAGUUGCUCUCGCCAUAAAGCACAACAAACCGAUAGUUAUUCACGCCCGUGACGCAAAUGAUGAAAUAAUUGAAGAGUUGCUUAGUCUAAAUCUCGGCAAUCAUAAAAUUCAUCGACACUGUUUCGUCGGGUCAAGAAAAGAAAUGGAUGAUUGGUUGAAACACUUUCCAAACUCUUUUAUCGGAUUUACUCCACUUUUAACUUUUGCGGACCACGCAAGAGCGCAAGGCAUAAGAGAAUGUGCUCGCCAUAUGCCUUUAAAUAAACUUCUUUUAGAAACGGAUGCACCGUAUUUCAUUCCUCGAGAAGUUAAAGGCGCGACUAUGAAUCAAGUGUCUCUACCACCUUUCUGCAUAUCCGUUGCUGAAGAGGUAGCAGCGCUUAGAGAAGAGCCGCUUGAAACAAUUUUGGAGCAUGUUCGAAAGAAUACUGCCGAUAUGUAUGGAGUAGUAUAUUAA